AUGUAUGUUCACGUCUUAUUAGCUGCUGUGACGUUGUUGGCAACAUUCUCUAGUCUAGACGCGGCUCCUGGCGGAAAAGGACGAAGAGGACGAGGAGGACCUGGAGGUUCGUUCACUGGAGGACCAGGAGGAUCAUUCCCCGGAGGACCAGGAGGAUCAUUUCCUGGAGGACCAGGAGGACCCUUCCCUGGAGGACCAGGAGGACCCUUCCCUGGAGGNGUGGACCAGGUGGGCCACGAGGAAAUCCGUACGGAGGGCCUUACUCAGGAGGACCGGGAGGAAGUUGGAAUGGGGGGCCUUACGGAGGAAUGUACCCGUACGGAGCAGGUCAAGGAUAUCCUUAUGGAGGACCUGGUGGAUGGUUCUAACUACGGUGGCAAGGAGAUGUUUACGGCGCAUUCUCUUAUUCCAGAGAAGCUCCGUGACGACAGAGUGAUUUUCAAAUUGCAUCAAUGA